UGUAUGUAUUAAACGUAUUAGCUAUACAUUUAUAGGAUUUUUAUACAGUUUGUAGAAGUCGAAUUUUUAAAAUAAAAUGUUUAAAUAUGAAGACUCAGAUAAAUCGUAUUCAACCAUUGUCAAUUAGCUAGCUAACUGGUUGUAAUAUGAGAGGUCCUGCACCAAAGCUGUGUCGUCUGAUUCCUGGUUUAAAAUUAGGAGUAAAGGGAAGGGCACGGACGAUAGCAGUACCACAUAAACAACCAUCCAAUGAUACGUUUGAAUUGCACUGGAAGUUUGGUCGAUAUAUAUGUCAACUAAAGCGCUUAACAUUUAACUUCUGUUCAAAAGGUGGCAGUAGUAGGGGUCUACGGCACUUCUUGGAUUUUGAGGUCAACUUUUUUAUCAGCAAAAAUCCCCAAGUUUCCGUUUAUAUAAGAGAAAGAAAUGGCCAACAUCCACGUCUUGUAGCAAAUUAUUUGAAUGGAAAAGAUCGAAUUAUAACAAUACCAAAUCACGAUACGCUAGCCAUCUGGGAAUGGCUUGAACGUUUACGCAAUGAAAGCGGAAGACAAUGGCGAAGCGAACGGUUGUAUCAGCCUUGGAUUACAGAUUCACCCUCUAUACAAGGAACAUGGACGCCGUUCUUAAACAAACCACCUUUAAACGUCAACGAACUAUCAUACUUAACCGAGGAUAAAAAAGAACAAGAAAUGAAUAAUGAUUCCUAAUGUAUAUUAUAUUUUUUUCAGCUUUGUAGAAACAUUAAGUUUCAUCCAUGCACGAAUCUUUCAACGUUGCCAUUAAGAUUUAACGAUAACUUUAUUGCUUGUAUCUAUGUCGCAAGACUCGGUGGAAACUUCUUGCAACUCCAAAAAGCCCUCACUAAAAUGUAUGCUUCCUAGUAAAUACCUCACGAUAAGGGAAAUGCCGUUGCCUUGUAAAAUGCCAGUACAAUUUUACGUCGUAUCAUUAGAAGCGUUUUUAUUUCAAUAAGAAAACUAACAAGUGGCUCGAUGAGAAACAGCGUUUUUGUUAUAGACAACUCUCUUUAUAUGGUCCCAAAAGCUGUGGGUUAUUCGCAAUCUUAUUCCACAUGAUUCACGACUUUGCUAAUUUACGAAGUUUUAAAGUUAUAUAUUUGCCAACAUUAUUGAACAAGAAUUCUUUUUUAUAAUAAAAUGACUUCAUCUUUACCAUUCUACAAACAA